UUAUAAACAUCAUCAGUUUGACACUUGAAACUAAAGUUAAAAAAUGGCUUCUUUGCCUUGUUAUUCUCUGUGCUUCCUCUUCGUCUUCUCGGCGCUGUUUGUUACCCUGGAUGGGGCUUUCUACAGGGACGUCUCCGGAGCCGUGCCGGCGAGGAGGGUGAAGAAGACGAGCCACUUCCAUUUCUACUUCCACGACGUUACAACCGGGCGAAACACCACCGCCAAGAUAGUUGCGCCGCCGUCGGCGGGACUUUCCGACUUCGGCACCACUUCCAUGUUCGACGACGCCCUGACGGAGACCCCUGACCGGAGAUCCAAGCUCGUCGGGAGAGCGCAGGGGAUGUACGCCGUGACGGCGCAGCAGGAGGUGGACUUGCUGUUCGUCGUCAACUUCGCGUUCACGGAAGGUAAGUAUAACGGGAGCAGCAUCGCCGUUGUCGGGAGGAAUCCGGUGGCCGACGACGUCAGAGAAAUGCCGGUGGUCGGUGGCAGCGGCCUGUUCCGGUUCGCCCAAGGCUACGCCUUGGUGCACACCGUCGCGAUCGAUCGGACCACUGCCGUAGUGGAGUACAAUGUGUUUGUCCAACAUUUCUGAUGCCUAUCAUAUCAUAUAUAUAUAUAUAU